AUGCCUCCUUUCCGUUUUCGUAUUCCUUUCUUUUCCAACAGCUCUCCUUCUCGUAUCUCUUCAGGGACUUCCUCGCCGCCACCACCACCACCACCACCGACUCCUCCUCCUUCACGCCCUCCUUUCCGUCCUGCAGGGAUCGCUCAGCCGUCAAAACCUGUAGCCACAUCGCCAGAAACAAAGUCCAAGUUGCCUCCGACACUCUCUAGGGCUAAAAGCAAUGUUGCGGCCAUGGCAUCUGCUUCGUCUGCGUCUUCUGCUCGAGGUGCAGCCAUGCCAACCCGGCUGCCGAAUGUGACUAACCAAUCUGGUUCUCCGUUAAAGAAACCGGAGCCUCUGAGGACGGAGGAGGCAAAGGUGAUUAUGAAAGAGAAGCCAUUGAGAGAAACUGAAAAAGAAGGUGGCGAGAAUAUAAAUCGUGUAAUAAAGGAACCUCCGAUUGCUCGUUCAACCCCAAAAGAAGCAGAAGAAGCUCAGGAACAGAGGAAAAAGACAGAAAUGGAGAAACGUGCAGUGGAAGAAAGAAAUUUGAAAACAGCACAGGAACUACAAAAGGGAAAAGAAACCAAGAAACUUGCGGUGGAAGAAAGAGAUUUUAAAACAGCUCAAGAACUACAGAAGGGAAAAGAAACGGAGAAACUUGCGGUGGAAGAAAAGAAGAAACUUCUUCGUCAGGACAUGGAAGAGAAUUCAAAAUCUGCUCCGGAACAACAGAAGAAAAAAGAAACAGAGAAACUUGCUUCACAAGAAACAAAUAGACCUCUUCACAAUGCAACGCAAAGCAAUACCACACGACAUAUUUCCGCAGCAUCAGAAGCCACGAGAGGACCGAGAGAGCUACCGGAGAGAAAGAUGCAAAGUAGAACAGACAUUCACAAUCACACCAAUGACAAUCAUCAGAAAACCAAAGGCAAAUCGACGAGUGAUCAUGGAAAUCUGAGAUUUACGAACGGAGAGGGAUCAUCUUCAAUGAGCAGAAAGAUAAAAGAAGACAUCAGAGAUGGAAUCAGUAAGCUUACUUGGGGAAAAAGCGAAGGCGAUGAGAAAUCCGUGAGCGUCUUUACCCUAACCGGCGAAAACAGAGGAGCCACAAUGGCGAUAAAUUCUGAAAAAGACCAGAAAGACGGUGAGGUUCAUAUUCGUCGUGGAUACAGAAGUAACCCAGAGGAGAGCCCUAACACCACAGAAACCGAAGGAGAAAGAAGACGCUUGGAUAAUAAGGAAGAAGAAGAAGAUAAAGAAAGAGUUAGGGCAUAUGUAAACGGGAACACUCAGGCGAUCAACAAUUCGAUUGUGUGCGAUAGUUCAGUGCAAGAGAAUGAUCCUGGAAUUCAUAUGAGUGUGAAUUUUGAAGAGUUGAAGAAGAAGGAUGAAACUAUUAGUCCACCAAAGACUGUGGCGGAGAAGAAACCGGAGCCGGUGAAGGUAAAGAAUGAGCCGAGGGUGAGGAGAAGAUGCUUGAGAGGGUUACUUGCAGAGUCGAGUGAGUCGGGUCCGGAGAAUCCCUUGAAGCCCCGGAGACAUGGUUGCCGGUUUACCUGUAAAGACAAAGAUGUACAAAACACUUAA